CUUUGCCCUUGACCCAAGGGUAUAAAGAGGAGGGUCCCAGCCCUUCCUCAGGCCCCUGGGGCUUCCUUAAGCAGCUGAGCAGGAGCUGAAACACAGAACCCCAAGUGUGUGCCCAGGAUGAUGUCCUAUGGAGAGAGGCUGGGGGGCCCGGCUGUCUCCCCACUACCAGUCCGAGGGGGCCACAUGAUGCAUGGGACAGCUUUUGCCUAUGUGCCCAGCCCUCAGGUCCUGCACAGGAUCCCAGGGACCUCCGCCUACGCCUUCCCCAGCCUGGGCCCUGUGGCCCUUACCGAGCACAACUGCCCCUACGGGGAGGUUCUGGAGUGCCAUGACCCCUUGCCUGCCAAGCUGGCCCUGGAGGAGGAGCAGAAGCCAGAGUCUGGGCUGGCCCAGAAGCUGCGCCGGGCUGGCAUGACCCUCGUCAAGGUGCCCUUGAUGCUCGCCUUUCUCUACCUCUUCGUCUGCUCCCUGGACGUGCUCAGCUCCGCUUUCCAGCUGGCUGGAGGGAAGGUGGCUGGUGAUAUCUUCAAGGACAACGCCAUCCUGUCCAACCCAGUCGCGGGGCUGGUGGUGGGGAUCCUAGUGACCGUGCUGGUCCAGAGCUCCAGCACCUCCACGUCCAUCAUCGUCAGCAUGGUCUCCUCUGGCUUGCUGGAGGUGAGCUCUGCCAUCCCCAUCAUCAUGGGCUCCAACAUCGGCACAUCUGUCACCAACACCAUCGUGGCCCUGAUGCAGGCAGGGGACAGGACUGACUUCCGGCGGGCCUUUGCAGGGGCCACGGUGCAUGACUGCUUUAACUGGCUGUCGGUUCUGGUCCUGCUGCCCCUGGAGGCCGCCACCGGGUACCUGUACCAUGUCACUCGACUGGUGGUUGCCUCCUUCAACAUCCAUGGUGGCCGCGAUGCCCCUGACCUGCUCAAGAUCAUCACAGAGCCCUUCACCAAGCUCAUCAUCCAGCUGGACAAAUCUGUGAUUACCAGCAUUGCCACUGGCGACGAGUCCCUGAGAAACCACAGUCUGAUACGGAUCUGGUGCCACCCAGACCCCACAGGGGUUCCCACCCCCCUGCCCAGGGCAGAGGCCAACACCAGCUGGACUCUUGGAAAUGUCACCAUGGAGAAAUGCAACCACAUCUUCGUGGACACAGGGCUGCCUGACUUGGCCGUGGGGCUCAUUCUGCUGGCCGGCUCCCUGGUGCUCCUGUGCACCUGCCUCAUUCUCCUUGUCAAGAUGCUCAACUCUCUGUUGAAGGGCCAGGUGGCUAAGGUCAUUCAGAAGGUUAUCAACACAGACUUCCCCGCCCCCUUCACCUGGGCCACAGGCUACUUUGCCAUGGUGGUGGGCGCCGGCAUGACCUUCGUUGUUCAAAGCAGUUCUGUGUUCACCUCAGCCAUCACCCCACUCAUCGGCCUGGGUGUGAUCAGCAUUGAGAGAGCCUACCCCCUCACGCUGGGCUCCAACAUUGGCACUACCACCACAGCCAUCCUGGCUGCACUGGCCAGCCCCCGGGAGAAGCUGUCCAGCUCCUUCCAGAUCGCCCUCUGCCACUUCUUCUUUAACAUCUCGGGCAUCCUGCUCUGGUACCCGGUGCCCUGCACGCGCCUGCCCAUCCGCAUGGCCAAGGCGCUGGGCAAACGCACGGCCAAGUACCGCUGGUUUGCCGUCCUCUACCUCCUCCUGUGCUUCCUGCUGCUACCCUCGCUGGUGUUCGGCGUCUCCAUGGCUGGCUGGCAGGCCAUGGUGGGUGUGGGAGCACCCUUCGGGGCCCUGCUGGCCUUCGUGGUGCUCGUCAGCGUCUUGCAGAACCGCAGCCCUGGACACCUGCCCAAGUGGCUGCAGACGUGGGACUUUCUGCCCCGCUGGAUGCACUCGCUGCAGCCCCUGGACCGCCUCAUCACCCGCGCCACGCUGUGCUGCGCCAGGCCUGAGCCCCGUUCCCCACCGCUGCCUGCCAGGGUCUUCCUGGAGGAGCUGCCCCCUGCCACCCCCUCCCCCCGCCUGGCACAACCUACUCGACACAACGCCACCCGCCUCUAGCCUGAAGUGCUGCCGGGGGGGCAGAGAAGGGCCUGCACUGGGUGUCCGCUGUGGACGGGUGGAAGGGUGUUUCCGAGCAUACUGGGCAUGGGCCUGUCCUUGGGUGGGUCCACAGAGGUCUGGGCUUGUGGGACUGAGAGUCUGUGGCAUCCUGCAUGUGUGGACUGAUGCACCCGUGGGGGGCUGUGAGCAGGCUGCAGGGUACCUGGCUAUGACUGUGAGUCCUUGGCCCCCAGGGGGGUCUUGUUUGGAGGCCUGUGCUUGGCUCUCCUGUACACACAAGUCCAACUCGGCAGAGCGGGGAGUAAGGGUGGGUCCGGAACGGGACUUGCAGCUGUUUGCUUGCGCAGAGAUGCGGGUGCCUGAGUCACUGGCUGAGUUCUCACCCCUCUCCGUCACCUUCCUCCCUCCAUUAUACCACCCUCCUCAUCCUCACCCCAAUGUUCUGCAGUACCGCCACAACCCCCUUUCCCGAUAUUGUGUGAUGAAAAAGGAAUUAAAUCCUCAUUAUGCAUUUACAA